UUUGCGCUUAUAUAAGCUGCAAUUAAAAAAAGGAAACCAUAAAGAUACGAUGGUACAGUUAAUAUGAGUCAGGUGAAUUUCGGUGAUACAUGCGUGACUUUACUCUACUGAUAUCGACUGCAUUUCAAUUGGAGCAAAUUCACACCGCCUAAUCUUAUCAGCGGACAGGACGACGGAAUUAGAUACGUGCGCGGCUUACUACUUGUACUUACCUAUAAGGUCAUCUAUUCCGAUGGUAUCCAUCGACAUCGGGUAACUGGCGAGCAGUGAAUUGAAGAGCUCUGGAAGGUUGUGACGGAUAGAUUUAAUACAGUGGUUAUAGAGAAUGAUUCGUUAUGAUCCAUGAUCAUCCGGCUCACAUGAUAUAUAUUAUAUGAUCAGAUAAAACCAACUUUAGCCACAAAAUGGGAAAAAGUGACCCGCUUUUGGUUCACUACAAGGACUCCUUAUAUGACUUGUCGGGCUUUGCUCACAAACAUCCCGGAGGACUUAAUACACUAAAAGGGCUACAUCAGAAGGACAUGCAGGAACGGUUUGAGAAAGCUCCAGGUCAUUCAGAAGCGGCCAAAUAUCUAAUGAAGGAAUACAAAGUCUGUGAUAAGAACAAUAAUGUAAUCAACGGCAAAUCAAAUAGCCACAUCAACGGAAUUAAAAACGAGAUAAACGGAACAAAACAUAACAAUGGAGCCAUUCCAAAUGGAGUCAUUCCCCAGACCACCGACGACAGCAUGGAGCACCUCGUCGACUGGAGCAAACCGAUGCUAGUACAGAUAAUAACCCUUCGCAAGAACUAUGUCGAGUGGGUGAACAAACCGGUAGACCGGGAGCUGCGCUUGUUUGGGCCCGCGUGGUUAGAGAACCUUACCAAGACGCCCUGGUGGUUAGUGCCUGCGUUCUGGAUCCCUGCCAUCACGUACAUCGUCCACUAUGGCGUUAAACACAAUCUAUCCAAACCGCCCGAGGAGCUAACCCUCGGCGAUCAUCUCUCUCCGGUUGUGUUCGGCUGUCUGUGCUUCGGUGUGCUGAUGUGGACUCUGCUGGAGUACUCUCUGCACCGGUGGGUGUUCCAUCUAGAUCCUAAGGAUAACCGGUUCCUUCACACAUUCCACUUCUUGCUCCAUGGUCUCCACCACAAGGUACCGUUCGAUCCGUACCGGCUGGUAUUCCCGCCAGUUCCUGCAGUGAUACUGGCCACGCUCUUCUAUCAGCCGGUGCGAUUGCUGCUCCCUUAUCCGCAGCUUAUGUUGGCGGGUGGAUUGAUAGGAUACCUCGCGUACGAUAUGAUUCACUACUACAUCCAUUAUGGAAGUCCCAACGGAGGUCAUUUGUACCAUAUGAAACGAUAUCACUAUCAGCAUCACUUUGUGCAUCAUGAUUUAGGUUUCGGCAUCAGCAGUACGUUAUGGGACAAGGUAUUCGGCACAACAAUCCUGUUGCGCAAGCUCAAAUAUCUCCUAAAGUGGUAGACAUUCGUUUUAUUUAAACUCCGCAACAAAACAGCGUUAAUGCGUUGCCAGAAGACAUGCAGCAGUACCAAAUAAAGUAAAGCAAAGUACUUACCUAAUGUUAAGAAACACGUGUUUUACUAUCCCAUGGUUAAUUGUACAGCAGAAGAUACACCGUGUCGCAAUGAAAACAUUUUUAUGUAAAGUAAAAUAAAUGUAUUUCUUUCAUUUAA